CACGGAUUUGCUUAUCCUUGUUCUUUGCUGCGGAUGGCUGCCUACAAAGACCACGAAAGCCUGACAGAGUCCACCGAUGAGAUCUCUCACAGUGGGAUGUCACCAGCGCGGAGUGAUAUACUGAAGCCGCUUCACCGGAAACUGGAUGCGAUUUUGGCUUUGCUGGAGAGGUGGGAGGCCACGAAGAGUAUUGAAAACUCUCAGCAGUUGCAUAUGGACCUGCCAUUCUCAAGUCCGCCUUCAACUGAGCUGACACCAGGGAUUCGACCGUCGCCAGUCGCGGAGGAAAGCUCUCGCAAUGCAACUUUGGAGGUUGUAGAGGAUCCAAAGAGGUCUAAGCACAAGAAGCUUUCGGCGCAAAAUCUCCUGGCCUCAGCCCGACGACGGAGCAAACAGAAGGCCAUAGCCAGUGUCGACAUGGCGACCUGGACAGAGCAGGUCCGAGAACGCCUCCGCUUCGAUGCGGCAGCCAGCAUCCCGGUGCAAGGUGUGCUUGCGCCGCAACGGCGGUGCUCCAUCGAUAGGUCGCAAGUUCCGAGCAUUGAGCAGAUGAAUGGUGCUUUCGUUCAGGCAGUGACACUCGCCAAGGGCGAGCGGCAUGCUUUCUUCAACCAGGAGGAGGAAUGCUAUGAUGUCGACUUCGAGAAACUGGGCCAGCGAACCUCUGAAGAUGAUGAUGAUGUGAAGUUGCCCGGAAUGGUCACAUCCAGAGUGAGUGGGAUUGUGCCCGAUCAACAAGGAUCCGGAAGCGAAACAGGGAAGAAGAAGGUCACAACCCUAACGAACCUCUCGGUCAAAUCUCAAGCACACAUUUUGGACAAGUAUAACGAUUCUGCGCCUCCGGAGAAUGUCAACCUGGAACGAGACAGUGGAUCAAUGCUGCUUCUGUCGAGAAUCAUUUGGAUGUUCUUGAUCACUGGCCCUGUUGCAGUUUUACACGUCAGUGGCCAAAUCUAUUUGCACACCUUCCUUGCUGAGGGAGAUUUCAGAUUUGGUACACUAGGCUCGGAAUUGAUCUGUGGCCUCGCUGCGGUCAUCACAGUGGCGUUGCUCAGGAGGGCGCUGCAAAGCGAUGAUUUGAACUUGGCAGUGGACAAGCUGCAGCUCUUCGUGUCCGACUUCAUGGUCCAAUGGAGUGAGGUCUCUGGGAGAGAGUGGCGUGUGUACUUGAUGGCGUGGUUGCUGAUGGUGUGCUGCUUUACUCUGAGCAACGCCAUGGACAUGUCCCGCAGUCUGCCCCGAAACUUUGAUUCGCUGCAGAUCGUUCAGCUCACCAUGAAUGGAGUGGGCAUCUUCAUUUUCAGCGUGGCGAGCUUCUUGGUGAGCCUGGCAGCAUAUGUCCAAUCUCAUUUCCUUCUGGGCUUGGACCGCAGUUUAGAUUGCUGGUGCUGCAGUAUCCUCAAUGAUUCGGACUUUGCUUUGGGAGUCGAAAGUUGGAAUUGCUUGCAAGCCUUGCUGAAGUGCAUUGGACGAGGGAUUGCCAGCAGUUUUCUGGCGUUGCAAGCCUUCGGAGCCAUUGGAAUGGUCUAUGUCUUGGCCUCUGCAGUGACCUUGGCGAUCAAGGACGGCUUUCAGCCGGAGGUUUUUUUCGUGGAGAUGGUCAUAGCCCUUCCUCUUUUGGUUUUCUUCUUCAUGAACAUGCGAGUUUGCGCCCAUGGGGCUGCUUUGACUGAGAAGUGCAGAGUCAUCCCAGCAUUUGUCAAUCAAAUUCCAACACAGGAAGCCCUUGAUGAGGAUCGACAAUACUUGGUCCGCUAUGUCUCUGAUAGUUCCGCAGGGUUCUUUGUGAAAGAUGCCAAGCUCACUCGAGAGAUGUUCCUGAAGAACUUUGUUACCAUCGGUGGUUUGCUCACUGGUGCAGCCGGUGUGCUCUCCCGAGUGGUUCUCGUUUGAGCGGUGAAACUGCUGACCUGCCUGGGUUCUCAAGGUCAAAUGAUUUGCUUUGCAUGAACUUGC